GCGUCCCAAGGAAGGGGGGAGGUACUGAGGUAGGGGGAAGCGACUCAGCUAGAGAGAGAGAGAGAGAGGGAGAGAGAGAGGCCAUGAUGGAUGGGAGGGGAGGCUGCUGCAUCGCACAGUACGCAGGGGGUGCGUACGAUACGUCGCAGGUGGACCGGAUAAUGCUGAGAUUUCGGCCGAUCGCGCCCAAACCGGUGGUCGGCGGGGGUAAUUCCGGAAGCCCUAUUCCGGAGAAAAACGAUAGUGUGUACAAGACAGGGAGAGCGAAGAGGAGGUACGUGAGAGAUAACAACAAAAGAUGUAAUCGGAAGAGAAGGGUAUAUUCGGAAGAGAAAAAAGAUGGUUCUUCGGAGGACACGAGUCAUACUACCACCGUUGUAACGCUGCUACCUCUUCUACCUGAGAUGCCGGACCGGAAGGAGACACCAGUAAGGAACUACUCACCACCGUCUGAUCUCGAUCUAAAGGCAGUAGCAACAUCAUCAUCCACAUCUAGACCGGUCCAACAAGCACCGAUCUGGCUAAACUUCAACAGUCCAGCAAAGGGGUCUGAUUUUGGUGAUGUGGUAGACCGGAUGGGGGUGAUGCAACAGCCGGUGAGGUCGGUAGGGUCGUUUGUGACGGUGGAGAGGGUGACGGAAGGGUAUGUGGAUGGGGAUCAGGGUUUGGGGUAUACAAACGAGGAGAAAAGGAAGAAUCUGGAGAGGGACACGUGUCCUGGGUUCAUAUCAGACGGUCUGAACAGGGUAGAGUGGACGAACAAGGCGUAUAAGAGAAUGAUCGGAGGAGGAGAAGAGGGGGGAGGAGGAGUUGAGAUGGUGUGGCUGGUGACGAAAGAGAGGUUGCCUCUGAGCUGCCCAGCAUUUGCAUGCCGGGUGAGGUUGCAGUAUACGUGUCGGAAGGAGAGGCACUCGCUGACGGUGCCUUGUGAUGUGUGGAGAAUGGACGGUGGAGGAUUUGCAUGGAGGUUGGACGUGAAGGCUGCUCUCUGUUUGGGUCGGUGAACCACUGAACCGGCCAUGAUGAAGAUGAAGAUGAAAGGAAACCAAGCGAAGGACCCAAGAGAGAAACUGUGAAUAGUUUUGGACUUCUGCGUUUAUAUGUUCUCUACAAUAGUAAUCCAAAGUGUUAACUUCUUAAGCUUUUAUUAUCGUUUUUUUUCUUUUUUUUUUGUGGGUUCAUCAUCUUCUUCUUCUUUUCCUUAUUAAAUAGCUUGUAUUUUUUCUGCCAUGGAAGGUUGUGGUCUAGCUUUGUGUCUCCUUA